AUGACGGCGGCAAGACGUGCCGCUACUGCUGCAACUACAGGGCUCCUGUUUGGUGGUGCAAGUGCCGCUGCUGGCGGGUGUUGUUGUUGGUGGUGGUGGAAAAAGAAUCCGGCGGGUGAGGGGGCGAGCAGCAGCGGCAGAUUUGCAUCCGUUGCUGCUCCGAUCCCGACGGAUCUGCAGGGACGCUUCCGCCACUACGCGAGACGCGAUGCGGACGGUCGCGAGGUGCUAGAUCCUACCGGACUUGUUGCGUGUGUGUGUCUCCUUGAUGAUGACGAGAGACGACUCCUCGCCGGGGAUGCGGAGAACAGGCUGCCGCCGCACGUGCGCCAGCGCCUGGCGCAUCUCUUCGCUCUGAUGGAUGUGAAUUGUAACAAUUUGGUAACCUACGAUGAGUUCUGCAUAUUCCUCACGCUGCUCUCCACGCGGCGCAAAUACAUGCAGCUGGCCUUUGGGGUUUUUGACAAAAAGGAGGACAAUCGUCUUUCGAAGCACAGCUUUAGGCAUCUACUGAAUGCGUUGAUGAUUGACCCCCAUGUGAAGGUUGUCAAGAAGCGCCCCCGGCGAAGGGAACUGCUACCGCCCGUGGAGGCUUCUUUGGGCUCAUCCGCGGCAGUGGCGGCGACGGCGGACGUGACCGAGCAGGUGGAUGCCGACACCCAACCGACGGGUAUACCGACGAUGACGAAGGAUGAGCUGCUCACGUCGCCGCUCGCCAAACGGUUGUUUGGCCCACGCGGUGAAAAUCAUGUCUCGUUCGAUGAAUUUUGGUCAUUGCUCCGCGAAAUACGACGGGAGGUGCGGGCUGUGGAAUUUGGUCUCUACGAUCCGCGCAACACGGGCCAAAUCACCAUGAGUGAACUGCAAAAAAUUGUUUUGCGCCGGGGUAGAGGUGACGGCACCGACAGCAGCAGCAGCAUCGUGAGCAGCGGUGGAUGCAAUGCUGAGGAUGAAGAACUUGCAUCGUGGGAUUUUUACCUCAAGGUGUUUGAUGUUAUUUUCGAAUACGAAACGGUCGAGCAUGGAAUGAAUCUCGCGAUUAGGUCAAAAACGCCACCCAGCGCCGCCGAUCUCAGUGUGAAGCCUCAAGCUGAGGCAUUGGCAGCAUUACCCUUAUCCAAAACCGGCGAUGAAUGGGAGCUUGACAGUGCGGAGUUUCAUCAAGUGCUAAAGAGCUCUCAGGCACUCUCUCAUUUGACGAGGGAGGAUGUGGAUCGUUUGGUGCGGGUUUUUGACCGUGACGGCUCUGGGAAGCUGUCGCCCAGUGAGUUUGCGCGGAUGUGCCAGUGGCGCACUUCCUUCUUUACACCACAGCAGCCACGCUUUAACCUACCCCGGCGCAAUGCUGUGCAGCAGUUUGUCUACUGUAUGCAGCAGCUCGAGUAG